CGUAGUUUCCUUAUAUAUUCAUGUUUUACUAUUUAAAUGAAUAAAUAUAAUGUUUUUGGGAUGUAUUAGGACCUUAUAAUAAGGUGUAACAGGGUAAUAGUGUAUGGUCUUACGCAGUGGUUAUUACACGGUGCUGAUUUUCCAUCUAGUUGGAAAGUCAUCGCGUUUACACGGAGCUCCCUGUAUUGGUGCAAUGUGUUGAAGUCACAAUUUGAUCAGACACCAGCUUUUUAGUGCCCGUUUCCACCAUGGACGACGAUGGGGAUGAUAAAGAUGACACAAAGAGGAGAACUCGUAACUUGAGUGAAAAGAAGCGGAGAGAUCAGUUCAAUAUGCUUGUUAAUGAGCUUAGUUCUAUGUUAUCCACCAAUAAUAGGAAAAUGGACAAGUCUACUGUCCUCAAAUCUGCUAUCUCAUUUCUUAAAAAUCAUAAUGAAGUCACAGUCCGAUCUCGAGCGCAUGACGUUCAAGAGGAUUGGAAACCUGCAUUUCUGUCGAAUGAAGAAUUUACUUACUUAGUACUUGAGGCACUAGAGGGAUUUGUGAUGGUAUUUUCUGCUAAUGGAAGGAUUCACUAUGUAUCUGAAAGCAUCACGUCAAUCCUUGGACAUAAUCCGGCUGAUAUAGUGAAUAAAACUAUAUUUGAACUCACAUCAGACGAAGACAGACCCAAUUUGUACAGCCUUCUACAGAAUCCUGGGUCUUCUGUGGACCCUUUACAGACAUUAAUCAAAGACAACGAGAUCCGGUUCCAGUGUCACUUGAGCCGCGGGACCCUCGACUUCAGAGAUGAGGUCACAUAUGAACUUAUUCAAUUCAAUGGACACUUUCGAACAAACUUGGAACAAAUGGACAACGAUGACUUGACUGCAUAUCAACACGAGCCAGACUCAAGCAGGAUAUUGUGCGUGUGUACGGGCCGGUUGGUGACGCCGCAGCUGAUCCGCGAUGUCUCGCUGGUGGAUUCCAACCGUAGCGAGUUCACUUCGCGCCACAGCCUCGAGUGGAAGUUCCUCUUCCUCGACCACCGCGCGCCGCCCAUCAUCGGCUACCUGCCCUUCGAAGUCCUUGGCACUUCGGGCUACGACUAUUACCACUUUGACGACCUGGAAAAAGUCGUCACCUGCCAUGAAGCAUUGAUGCAGAAAGGAGAACUAACCUCCUGCUACUACCGAUUCCUCACAAAGGGCCAGCAGUGGAUCUGGCUGCAGACUCGGUUCUACAUAACAUACCACCAGUGGAAUUCGAAGCCGGAGUUUGUUGUGUGCACACAUCGCGUUGUCAGUUACGCGGAUAUUUUGAAAGGCACUAAACAAGAGGGAGUGGAGCCAGAGCCGGUGAACGAGGCGGAAGUCACGCGCGGAGUGGUGAAAGAGCAACCCGCUGAGGAAGCCAUAGUCGCCGCCAUGUCGCCAUCUUACAUGUCCGAGGCAAGCGAGGCUUUCGCAACCACCUCUUACCAACCCCUGUCACAGCCGCCGUCAGUGAAGUCAGCGUCCGUGGCCAGCACGGCGGGCACGGUGGCCACGACGGGCACGACGGCCACGCCCGGCGCCUCUUGGCCGCGCACGCCGCAGGUGCGCUACGCCCCCGGCUCCGACACCGCCUCCAUGUCUGGAGAGUCGCGCUCCUCGGCGCGGAACAGCUCGCGGGACCUGAAUCCGACGGCGGCCUCUUACGGCCACACGUACGGAUCAAGCGAUGGUAGCAUGAUGAUGUACCCGCAGACGCCCAAGGGGCAGGACCCGGCGCUGGUGCCGCAGCACGGGAUCGGGGCGCAGUACCUGGAGCCGGCGCCGUACGUGAGUGUGCCGGGGGUGCUGCCGCUGCCGGUGCUCGUCUCACCGGACCAGGCGCAAUUGCAGUGGCCGUGGCAGGAGCAGCUGCAGCGCAAGCGCGAGGAGCUGCAGCAGAUGAUCGUGCGGCAACAGGAAGAACUGCGGCAGGUCAAGGAGCAGCUACUGCUCGCGCGCUUCGGCAUGCUGCAGCCGCUCAUCAAUCAGGUGCAGGUGCAGAACCCGUUCGUGAACCCAGAAGAGGUACAGCAGACGCAACGUCUGCCGGCACAAAUAGUGUACGAGGGAGGUGCGCCGCGCCCGGCCAUCCCCGGCUACCCCCCGCAGCAUCCGCCCUACACUACCGGACACCCACACAUGCCCCAGUGAACGCACUGAAACACAUGUACAACCUCUCCUUACUGUUUGCUCAGACGAACGUCGCUGCACUUAUUCCAUAUCUAAAAGCGAUUUAAUCUGAUCAACACACCUGACAACCCUAUAAGGGAACUUCAUAUUUUUACAAAUACUAUGUUUCACCUACAACGGAAAUUCGUUGUCAUUGGGAUUUUGGUAUAAUGCAAAACCUAUGUCCGACUAUUUACUUAUUUUAUGUAGCAAUUAUUGCAUCACAUACGCGUAUGUGUUAUAAUAUUAAGUAUUUUAUGUCUGUGUUAAAUUAGUUCGAAUUUAAUCUUGUUAUUUUUAUAAAAUGGCUGUGCGAUUUCACGAAUGUUGUAUAUAACACUUUAGAAUAUUAUUCAAAAAAAUAUUAUAAAAUGUUUGUGUUUAACAUCCUAACUACUGACCUUCCAGUCAACAAAUGGCCAAGACUGUGUACAGAGUACGUGAGAGGGGACCUAACUGAUUGAUUGAUGGCAGAAAUGUGUUUAGGGUGUUAAGGGAGUUAACGUAAUAAAAGAGAAAAAAGAUCGUUUUUCUCUAGGACGCACUGUUUUUGAGAUAUUAGCAAAAACCCGAAAAUGGUACCUUUGCCCCUCCCACACCCAACUCCGACUUACGUGGUAGAAUUUUAGUAUUUCUCGUACACAUUUCUGAAGAAAUCGCUUAGGCUCCCCCCGCACACACUAAACCCGUUUCUUGACUGGACUAAACGUCCUAAGUAUGUUUUAAUGUCGAGCAAGGUUCAGGCAGUGGCUAUUUUUAUUUGAAAUACGUGUUUGUGCCAUUUUCUGCGACUAGCAGUAGAUAAUAAUAUCGUCUAUUGUUAGCUAAUCUCCCGAUGACAAUGUAAAUUGGAUGUGCUCCUUUGCGCAGUUUAAAAAUAAUAAAGUUUAAAAAACGGAAACGGGAUAGGUAUUUUCAUAUGAAUCAUAUUUAAAUUAUUGUUAUUUUUAAUAUUAAGCAGUCUCCUCGGCACGGAAACCGCGCCGCGCGCCUCUCUAUUUAGCUACUUGGCAGCUGUAACAAAAUAUGAAAUAUGUCGGAUAUGGUAGUUUAUCAUUUAACGAUAAUUAUUCUUAAUUAUUCAAUAGUUUUUAUUAAGAUCAUUUUUAAUAAUUUUAUUUUUACAAGAUAAGAAAACGCGAAACACGGGCGGCCAUGAUUGAGUCGUGUGACGUCACAUAUCGCAAAAUAAAAACUAUCGGUCAGGUAAAUGACGCGUAGUUUGACAGUGUCUUUGUUUAUUGAAAUGUGACAUUACUGGGCAUAGAGACAAACCGUUUUCGCGCGAAAUUUGAAAUUAAUGAAGAAAAAUAUUUUUUCUAAUAUAAGCUUUUUGGAGAAAAUAAAAUAUUUUAAGAGAUAUAAAAUAAGCGAAAACUGUUAUGUAGCCAAUUAUAUCGAGGGCUUACAUCGUUUGACGUUUAUCCCCUUAGAUAGAAUUCGCUGCGUCUAUUGAUCGAAGUUCUCGAUACAAUAAGCGAUAGGCGCGGCGCGGUUACUGUACCGAGCGGCAUAUUUUAAUAUGUAAGUUGCUUAUGAAUGUCUAUACAAGCACUAUAAUAUAUGCAAAAUUAUUAAAAUUCGAUCGGAAUAGGCCUUUUUCUUAAUAUAAUCAAAAUGGUUAAAAGGUAAUCAACCAUAAAAUGAGUUUAAUUGGAUAAUUGUAUUUCAACAUUUGAUUCAAUGAACUGUAAAUUUAAAUGUAUUUUUGUUGACAAUACGAUAAACUAUUUUCCUUAUAUGUUUUUAACUAUACACAAAAUAUUGUAUAUCUUUAGUGGGCGGUUACCUUUAGUACGUACGCAUUUGUUUAUGAACUGAAUUAAAUUUUAUGAUAAUAGUUAUUAUUAUUUAUGGUCUUUGUUCUGAUUGUCGUUGCACAGAUUAUAUUUCAAAAUAUACAUUUUAUUGUAAGUAAGCAUAAUUGUUUGUUGAGUAAUUCUGUGCAGAAAGUUUCGUAUGUUGUUUUGGUGCAUGAGUUGAUGACGUUGCUGUUGAGUUGCGACAGUGACGUGAGGGGGUUAAAACUGUAUGAUAAUAUUUCUGCACAGCGGACUCUAGCCCCCGCCCGACCCCGCGGCGUACGCGCAUCCGGGCGGGGACCGACACUAUAAACAUAUUAAUUAUACCUAGAUAUGGUAUUUGUAGAAUGAUUAAGACAUAAAUGUUUAAAUAGAGGACGUGGUUGCCAAAAUAAGUAGAUCAAUUUAUGAUUGUUUUAAAUAAUGAUAUGUUAUAUGUCUCGUAAUUGGUUUAUGUUUUUCAAAUAUGAAUUUUAUUUUGUUACAUUUAAGUUUGUUAUACUGUUAUUAAUUUAAUAAUUUUAUAUUUUAUAUAGAUUUUUUUGCAUAUGACUCGUAUUUAUGUUAAAGCAUACAUAUUUUCCAUAUGUUUUGGAGUAUGGAGUAAAGAAUGAAUGUAAAUAAGUUAUGUACGCACUAUCAUGUCUUAUAGCAAAUCAAGUGGUUGCUGUAGGUGAAUGUGAUCCGAUGUGGUUUAUAAGUAAAACAUUUAACAAAUGUCGGGGCUUGAGGCCUCGCGCCGUAGUUAGUCGUUAGCGAGGUGUAGACUAGAAGCCUCACUGUAUUGUAUCAAUUAUAAUGUUGUCGUUGCACUAUCAACGCAGACUAAUGUGACUAACUGAUAAAGUAAUGAUGACUUACAUGACUGACGUACUGUUAAAAUUGCUACAAUUAUUUAAUUUGAUUAGUUAAAUUGUAUCGCCAAGUUUUACCGUCACGUCUAGUGACAGCAAAGGGACAGGAUUUAAUGAAAUCUUUUAUUUAUUGUUAUUGUAAAUAUUGAAAUAAACAUAAAUAUUUUUAUUUAUUAAUACGAAUUGUUACAUGUUCUAAAACAGAUUUUAUUUAUGGAGCAUGUGGUAUUUUUUUAUGUUAUUCAUUUUCAUACAAUUUUCUGACAUAAUAUUAUUAUAUUAUUUACGUUAUUAUAUAUAUCGAUAAGAAUGACCAAUUAUACAAGAGUUCUUAAAUCCUAAAAAGUACCUGAGGGCUUUUAUUAUUAAGUUUUAUUUUGUAGUUAAUUUUAUUAGUAAAGUUGUAUAAUUUUGAGCACUACCUACACUGUUUGUUAUUUUAUGACGUAAAAAUAUUCAAAAAUGUUUAAUAUUACGUCUGAGGUUUUGAGGGAUAGUAAGUUUUGAGAAUGUCAUGUAGUCAACUUGAUUGUUGGCGCACAGACACAUUAUUUCAUUAUAAUUAGUAUAAUAUACGUGUAGUUGUACGAGAUAUGUCUGUUGUACAACGUAAUCAUUUAAUAGUACAUUCAUUCGACGUUUAUAAUGUUUAGCCAUAAGUAAUUAUGCCCGAACUCUUGUUCGCACUCACGAUGAAUUUGAAACGUACAUGUUGUGCCGCGUUAGUAUGACAUCCGCGCACAUAUGCCCUAACCUAGCGUACACUUUAUGCGCGUUUCAAUUUCAUCAGGGUUUUCGGCUUUAGAUCAUAGAUCCGAUAAAUGUAAACUUUUUAAAUUUAUGCCUUUCAUGUACAUUUUCGGCUAAAUGAAGAAUGAAGUGUGUAGUAAUAUGGACCUUACAACAUUUGGACAUUAGCAGGAAGGAUUGCAUUCAUAACGCUUAUUUAUGGCGAACUAUCAAGGGCGCAGUUGUUGGCAACAUUUUUGGAACCUUAUAUUGAUUACCAUAACGUCCACGCGGAUCUCAUGUUUGUCACUUAGCCCGUCAAAGUAUCAUAUACAUAUUGGUGCUGGCUCAAGCAGAUAUCUCGUAAAUAAUUUUCGAAAAGGAGAAAUACCGAUGAUUGACACAUGUUACUUUUAUCUUGUCGAUUACCCAUCCCUUUCCUUAUCGGUGGACAAGAAAGUGAAAUGUAUAACAAAAUAGAAUUAUGAGGUGUCUGCUGGAAUCAGCCCAGCUUCAUUAUUUUGCAUAGUGUCGUGUUACUAUUGUAAAACGAUGUAUAUUUUUUUACAUAUAAACUUGUACAUAAUGAGCGUUGAGCGGCGUGGCAGUACGUGGAUACUAUAAUUAAGAUAAAAAAACGAAAUUGUAUUAAAUGCGAUUUUUGUAAGGUUUAAUUUGAAGCUUGUGUAUCACGUAGCUGGCACUCGGUGGACGCCGUUGGGAUUGUCAAGCAUUUCUUUACUUGCCAUAAUACUUACCUUAUAUCAGAUUUAAUUUAAUCAAAGCCAUGCCAAAUAACUAACCAUUGAUAUUAUUUACUUUAAACAUUACAUACCAUUGUUCUGUACAUAUUUAGCAGUAGAACUAAAUCAUAAUAUUUUAGGUUUUUUGCCAUAGAAGAAACAAUAAUGGAAUCUGAUAUGAAAGAAUACAGGGUAAUGCCAAAAAUUUAAGUUGCAUGAAGUGAUAUUGUGAGUAGAACUUUAGAUCCAUAAUGUAGGUAAAAAUCAGACGUGGAAAAAAGAGAACUUGGAUGAAAAUAAAUGAGAGGACCAUAA